AUGGCCGAGUCUACGUCUUAUGACGCGACUGCUCACAACGGGAACACAGAGUUCCACUCGCCGCGACCGCGCAAACCCACGAGGAUCGAUUUGCUCAAGCCUCAACUGAGCGACGAAGCGUUUAACAAGAAUGGCACGCUCCGGGAACCUGGCUCCGGCGUCUCUAGUGGAAGAAGCACACCCAUACCCCCAGAUGCCCCGCCUUCCGUCCAGGCUUCCUCUUCGGCGCGGCGACAGAUACGCGCUCAGCGCAAGCAGCGCAUGUUCCCUACCAUCGACUACGUAGAUCGCGUCUCCCACUUCGACCCAAACAGCGACUAUCAUGAUUUCCGCGGCUUCUUCGUUCUCUUCUGGAUCGGACUCGCCAUCAUGGUCCUUACAUCGAUGCUACGAAACCUGACUGAGACGGGAUAUCCCUUCCAGAUCAGACAGUGGGCGCUUUUCAAGGACAAGGUUGUCGAGCUUGGUCUGGUUGACGGUGCCAUGGUGUUCAGCACCGCUUUGUCGCUGCCCCUGCAGAGACAAUUCCUCAACCAAGGGCCCCUGCGUUGGAACGCGUCCGGUCUGGUUGUACAGAGCAUAUUCCAGACAAUAUGGCUGGCUUUCUGGACUACAUACCCUUUCAUCCGCGACUGGAGCUGGACUGCCCAGGUCUUCUUCACUCUGCAUCUCCUUGCAAUCUUCAUGAAAAUGCACUCCUAUGCAUUCUACAACGGCCACCUUAGCGAAACUCUACGCCGCUUGAACGAUCUCGAUACACCUGACAAGGCUAGCAAAGUAGCCGCGGUUCGCUAUCCGAGUUCCAGUACUCAUCUGCACGAGAUCCCACAGUCUCCCUCCCAAGAAGAGCCCGAUCCUAAAAAGGCAAACGCAGAGUAUUUGAGCCAAUUGAGAGAAGACCUCGCGUUGGAGCUUGCUUCGCCUCUUGGUAACGUCUCAUACCCCAACAACCUCACCCUCUACAACUUUGUCGACUUUGUCUUUUGUCCGACCUUGUGUUACGAGCUUGAAUAUCCUAGAAACGCCAGUAUUCGCUGGUUGGAGGUCUUCUACAAAACUCUGGCCGUAUUCGGAUGCAUCUUCCUGAUGAUCAUCACUGCAGAGGAGUUUAUAUUGCCGGUACUCGACGUAUCUGCUGUGCGACUCCAAAACUCAAAUGGCGCUACAGAUUUCACCUUAAUUCUCGGCGAGACUAUCGGUCGCCUCCUCUUCCCUUUUAUGAUUACCUUCCUGCUAGUCUUCCUCGUCAUAUUUGAAUACAUCUUGGGCGCCUUUGCGGAAAUAACUCGUUUCGCCGACCGCCAGUUCUACGCAGACUGGUGGAAUAGCUGUGACUGGCUCGAAUUCUCGCGCGAGUGGAACAAGCCUGUUCACCAUUUCUUUCGAAGACAUGUCUACUCGGCCUCUAAGAACCACAUGUCGCGUCCUCUUGCUACGACAAUCACCUUUCUCAUUUCGGCUCUGGCACACGAACUAGUCAUGGGUUGCAUCACAAGAAAGUUUAGAGGCUACGGAUUCAUUGCGAUGAUGCUUCAGAUGCCGAUUGUGAUGCUGCAACGAAGCAAGUGGGUUAGGGGCCGCACUCUGUUGAACAAUGUCCUUUUCUGGUGCAGCAUGAUCUUGGGACUCAGCAUGAUGUGUGCGUUGUAUUCUGUGGCUUUGGCUCCUUGGUCGCAUCCUCCACACACAUCGUCAAAGCCCGGCCUUUACUCUAUCGUAACCAUGGCGGAGCUCCACGAAGCGCUCGCGUGCCUCCGGCCGAAAGAGUUCAGCGAUGUCCCUACCGACAACCUCGAAGCGUUCCUACCCGACAUACUUGCCAAAGCGGAAAUCAUCGCCAAUUCCGUGCCUCCACCGCCCAAUGGUACGCCAUACGAGUCGGCGCAACGAACCCGAACCGAGCAACAGCCUGCGACGAGCUCCAAAGACCUCACCAUUUCGCAAGUCCGACGGCCACCGCCCGCGCCAGAGCAUGAGGGGCUACAAAAGUCGUGGGGAAAGCCGGUGAAGCUGGGUAACAAUGAAGCCGCUACCGGCAUGAGCGUCUUCAAGAUGGCCGGAAAGGAUCGGCACGGAGCCUGGUUUUCGCGGUCGAGCGUGCAUGAAGGGCUCGGCUUCGACAAGUGGAAGCGCGCAAUGAAGAGCGAGUUUCCUGAGAGUCUCCAAGUCCAGGGCGGCCCGGGCGAGGGCAAUAUAAGAGGCAUUGGAGGAGACCAGAGACUUGAGGACAUGACGGUAGAUGGCCUGGGACAGCUACAAGUAUACCAGCUGUCCGCCCAGUUCCCCGGCCCAACCUCGCCGCGAGAGUUCAUCACCCUCCUCAUUACCUCGGACACAUGUCUCACCGACGCCUCCAAAGUCGCCAGCUCGGUACCGCGACAUUUCAUGGUUGUCUCCAUACCCUGCUCACAUCCGGAUGCGCCGCCGCGAACCAACAUGGUAAGAGGCUUCUACGAAUCGAUUGAGAUGAUUAGAGAGAUACCCAUGGGCGACGGUGACGCCGAGACUAACCCAGUCGAGUGGAUAAUGGUAACGCGCAGUGAUCCCGGUGGUGGCAUACCCCGAUUCAUGGUCGAGCGGAAUGUCCCUAGUAGUAUAGUGCAGGACGCCGUCAAGUUUCUUGACUGGGCAUGCGCAAAGGACGACGACGUGGAAGCCGAAGUAACGGCAGGCACAGACCGCCCCACAGAAACACCCAAAGUGCACGAUACCGAGCGAACUUUCUCUCCCACCGAAGCCAAUGGCAUGGGUGCCGGUGUAGGAACCAGUAUAGUAGAUAGAACUGGGGAAGCCGGUAGCCAGUACAGCCUACGACGCACAAGAUCUGACAGCUCUUCGAGCACCUCAUCUUCUGCAGAAUCAUUUGCGUCCGCUGAGCAAUUCACCACUGCUCGCGAUGGACUUCCCAUCGACAGAGAGAUCCCGACACCGUCGACCUCGUCACAACAGUCUCUGCCAUUAAAUGAGGACACCCAUCGUCAUAAAGGGCUACAAAAAAUUGAAGAGAAGAAGGAACAGUUGAAGGCAAAACUCGAAGAAGCUCGUGAGAAACAUGAAUCGGGUUUGCAAGCUGAGACCCAGAAGACGGAUAAAGAGAUGCAAAAGGCAAAUGAGAAGCACGAGAGAGAGAAGAAGAAACAACAGGAAAAGUUUGAAAAGGAAAUGCGCAAACUCGAGGAGCGCCGCGAAAAGGAGACACGGAAAUUGCUCCUUCGCCAACAGAAAGAAGCGGAUAAGAACCAGCUUGCCAAGGCUCAGCGAGAACGAGACGAGUAUAAGCAGCGCAUGGACAUACUGGAGCAGGAGAACAAGUUGCUCAAGGAGCAGAUUGGAGACUUGCAACACGAGAACACGGCGCUUGUCUCUCGUCUAGGCAAGACCGAGGAAGGCAUCAAAAUCUUGAGGGCGAUUAAGGAAGGAGAGAAGGCACCACGAGCUGCAGGCUUGGAAGGCGAUAUGAAGCCUACAUUACUUGCUUUCCACGGCUCAGGCAGCAACGCGACGGUGCAUACGGUCCAGUUAGCAAGAUUGAUGAGGGUGAUUAAAGGAUAUUUCGAGGUCGAAAGUCUAGAAGCGCCAUUUCCUUCCCAACCUGGUCCAGGUGUCCUCCCUUUCUUCGAAGGCUGCGGCCCUUUCAAACGCUGGAUGCAAUCCACCGUCACCAUCUCCGAUAUGAAAGCCGGAAACUCUACAAACGCCAUGUCACCUGAAGUCGAGGAUCUCGUUCGUACUACCGUCAAGCGUAUCAACUCCAGCGGCGGCAAGGUAGUCGGUCUGAUUGGUUUUUCUCAAGGCACCAAAGUCGUCGCCGGCCUGCUCAAAGGCUGUCAGAUGCGUCGCGCGCUCGCAGACAAAGGAGCCGAUGUAACAGAGCUUGAUCAUCUAAAUUUUGCUCUUGGACUCAGUGUCUGUGGUUCAUACCCGCCGCCGCUAAUUCCGCCCUCUGUUACAGCAGCGCUUGAAGCGUCCGGGAUGAGUGAAAAAGAGCAGAAGGAGCUGUUAGCGAAGAGGAUUGAAUUACCGGCAUUUCAUGUUCAGGGCUUACAGGAUGAGUGGAAAUGGGCAGGGCAAGGAUUGAUCGAUGGGUGGUAUGAGAUUGGGGAGGGGAAGAGUGUGGUAAGGCACUGGGAGCAGGGCCAUCUUUAUCCAGUGAAGCCGGAGGAGAGUCAGGAAAUCGGCGAUUGGAUGCUGGGUGUGCUGGGCCUUGUAGAAGGUCAGAUGGGAAAUCAGGCUCGGUAA